AUGCAUCGCUCCCCCGCCGCUAUGGUUACAAAGCCAAUGGCGGAUCCUAAUAUUGAGAUCCGCACGCCAAGGGACCCAAACACCUUGUCCAACUAUCACAACUUUGUGACCAGGCAUACGAGUGUCGAUUUUGAUAUCGAUUUCCAGAAGAAGCGGUUGUUUGGAAGUGUAGUGUUGACGUUGGAGAGUCUGACGGAUGAGGAGGUGAAAGAUGUUGUAUUGGAUAGCAGCUUCCUUGACAUCUCCGUCGUAGAAGUCGAGGGUAAAAGUGUCAAGUUCAACGUUGGCGAUCGUGUGGAGCCCUAUGGCAGUCCUCUUACCAUUACGCUUCCAUCCAAGGUUCCCAAAGGCAAGACCGUCGAUGUUGAGAUCAAGGUCGCUACUACCGAUAAGUGCACAGCACUUCAGUGGAUGACGCCAGCUCAAACCUCGAACAAAAAGCACCCGUACAUGUUUUCGCAAUGCCAGGCCAUCCAUGCACGAUCUGUCUUCCCUUGCCAGGAUACUCCGGAUGUCAAGUCAACUUUCAGCUUUGCCCUACGCUCGCCGCUACCGGUGCUUGCCUCGGGUCUGCCUACUGGAGCCAGUGACUAUCUACCUGCGAAGAAGGACGGUGAGAGCGGUACCAUGAAAUACACGUUUGAACAAAAGGUCCCAAUGACAGUGUACCUUUUCGCUGUUGCGAGUGGAGAUCUAGCGUGCGCAAGCAUUGGCCCCCGCAGUACGGUAUGGUCCGGACCCGAAGAGCUCCUUGCGUGCAAAGAUGAACUUGACGGCGAGAUCGAACCUUUCAUGAAGGCACUCGAAUCGAUUGUCUCACCUGCCUACCAAUGGGGACAAUACAAUGUACUCAUUCUGCCACCAUCAUUCCCGUACGGCGGCAUGGAGAACCCAGUCUGGACCUACGCUACUCCUUCCAUCAUCUCUGGUGACAAGCAAAACGUCGACGUCAUCGCACACGAGCUGUCUCAUUCGUGGUCUGGUAAUCUUGUCAGCGCAGCGAGCUGGGAGCACUUCUGGCUGAACGAAGGCUGGACCACCUACCUUGAACGUAGAAUCGCUGCUGCCAUUCACGGAGAGGCGCAUCGCCAUUUCUCUGCUAUCAUCGGCUGGAAAGCUUUGGAGCAAAGCAUCGAGAACUAUGGCGCAGACCACCCCUACACUAAGCUCGUUCUCGAUCUCAAGGGCCAAGACCCAGAUGACGCAUUCUCCUCCAUCCCUUACGAGAAAGGUUUCCAUGCCCUUUACCAGUUUGAACUGCUUCUCGGAAAGGACAAGUGGGAUUCCUUCAUCCCACACUACUUCGACACCUUCAAGUUCAAGUCAGUCGAUUCAUAUGACUUCAAGAGCUGUCUGAUAGAGUUCUUCGAGAAGGAUGCUGAGAGCAAGAAGAAGCUUGAUGACUUUGACUGGGACAAACUCUUCUACGCGCCCGGCUAUCCUGUGAAGCCAGACUUUGACCAGACUAUGGUGAAGAGUUGCUAUGAGCUUGCAGACAAGUGGCAAGCCCUGGUUUCUUCCGAAUCUGGAGACUUCAAGCCCCAAUCCUCAGAUAUCGGAGGCUGGGUAUCUAACCAGUCGGUUGUCUUCCUCGAAAAACUCCAAAACUUCGCUUCCAAGUUCUCAGCCGACCAAGUACACUUGCUAGGCGCAACGUAUGGCUACAACGACACCCAGAACAUUGAAGUUCUAUCACGCUACCUGAGUAUCGGACUCAUGGCCAAGGCCCAAGAGACGUACGAGCCAGCAGCGACUUUGCUAGGCAAGAUUGGUCGUAUGAAGUUUGUGCGACCCAUGUUCAGGUUGUUAAACGAGGCGGAUCGCGAUCUGGCUGUCAGCACAUUUGAGAAGAACAAGGAGUUCUACCACCCAAUCUGUAGGCAGAUGGUUGAGAAGGAUUUGUUCGAAGAGAAGAAAUAG